AUGAGACUCAAUGGUAUCGACUUAGAUGGUCGUAAAUUAGCGAUAACGAGGCCCCACGGCUACAACAAGGAGGACCCAUCCAAGAGCAUCACCGCUGAGGACAUACAAAAGGUUACUAUCGAGGAACUGUGUGGAGGGUCCUCUACUAAGAAGACUGCUCCAGGGUCUAACCUACAAUUAGGGAUAUACCAUCUCCCACCGGUGAUGACGGAGACCUAUUUGAGGGACCUAUUGGAACAGUUUGGUGCUCUCACUAUGGUCAGCCUCAUCAGAGAUAAGACAACGGGCUUAAGCAAGGGCUAUGGUUUCUGUCAAUUCGAAGAUCCGAAUGAUGCGGAUAGAUGCCUAUAUGCCCUUGACCAGUUCGUUUUGGGUAACUAUAGCCUCAGUGUGACCAGACUCGUUCCAGAUGCACAGCAAGGAGGAGCUGCGGGGAUAGGAGGCGCUGGUGUAGGCCCGGCGACCAACCUGGCUGAUGGCUCAUCGGGGGUUCAGUCUAUGACGGCUCGAGUGCUGGCCAACCCAGCUCUGGCGGCUCAGCUGAAGGCUGGGCGAGAGAUAGGGUCGACUCCUAGCACAGUAGUACAACUUCUUAAUGCUGUUUAUAUAGAGGACCUGAUGUCGGAGACUGAGGUAAAGUCAAUUGAAGAUGAGAUACGUGAGGAGGCCCAGAGGCACGGAACUGUGUUGGAGGUCCGAGUUCCACGGCCAUCGGCGAGUCUAACACCAUAUGCCAAUGGCGUUGGGAAGAUCUUCGUGCAGUUUGCGGAUAUCACAGCAGCUAGGAAGUUUCAAGCUACGAACAAUGGGAGGAAGUUUGACGAUCGAGUCAUGUGUGCAGCAUUCUACCCAACUGACAGGUAUAAAAUGGGUAAGUACACCCUGUACAACGUAGAGAGUAUGACAAUGGCAGUCAGACCAGUCCAGGCCCCACCACCUAAGCCUCCACCACCUACUGCUGGGUCGGGUCCGAUGACCAUUGGAGAGGAGGAGGAAGAGGAAGGUGGCAGUGAACACAAGACUGGAGCGGAGGCGGCGUCUGGUGGUGCUCUUGUGAAGGAGGGAGCCCCAGAUAAGGUUGAUAAUAACGACGAUUGUGAGGUUGUCGACUAA